AUGAACUGUCAAGUGAUGGAAGAGAAAACUCUUGACUUGCAGAACCUAAAAGCCUCAACUGUUGGCAAUUUUGAUUAUGUUUUAUCUUGUGGACUGCUAUCAAAAACUUCCAAUGAUGAGAUGCUGAAGAUUUUAAAACAAGUUUUGAACUUGCUGAAACCUUCAGGAAAGUAUGCUUUCUGUGAGGAUUGCUCUGCUGUGUGUGAAGUUGAAAAUGGUGAAGAAAUAAGAAGAAAUGUCAUGUUUUACAAUUCAGCAAUUGAGUCAGUUUCAUGUUCCUCCAUUGUAGAAAUGCCAACUGAGAAAGAUGGGCCACACCAACAUCAUCAUGCAUUCGAGGUGACCCGGAGUUUUCAGAUGAAGUCUUCUUUCAAGAUGUUCUGGUUGUUAACAAAAACUGGACCACAAGAGCAGCAUCUACUGAAUUCUGAACAUUCUGGUUUCAAAACAUUGCAAGAGUUUUUAAACAAAAAUCAGUACACACUCAAUGGUAUCCUCAAGUACGAGCGAAUAUUUGGGGAGGGCUUCAUAAGUACUGGAGGCAUUGAUACUACAACGGAAUUUGUUGAAAUGUUAAAGUUGAAAGCUGGCGAAGAUGUGUUGGAUGUUGGUUCAGGCAUCGGCGGGGGAGCAUUCUACAUGGCUCAGAAAUUCAAUGUGAAUGUUACUGGAAUAGACUUAUCUUCCAAUGUUGUGGCCAUAGCAUUGGAAAGAACUAGACAAAAAAAUAUCAAUAAUGUAUCUUUUGAAGUUUGUGAUGCAUUAAAAAGAAAUUUCCAGAGCGAAUCGUUUGAUGUUAUUUACUCAAGAGACACUAUCCUGCACAUCUCUGACAAGAAGAAAUUGUUCACUCUCUUCCACAAAUGGUUGAGGCCAGGCGGAAGGUUGCUGAUUUCUGAUUAUUGCUGCACACAAGACAGCUGGUCCGAUGAUUUUGAAGCUUACGUCAAACAAAGAGGCUAUAUUUUGCUUUCUGUGGAGAGAUAUGGAAAGUUAUUGGAAGAAGUUGGAUUCGAAAGAGUGCAGGCACAAGAUAGAACAGAUCAAUUCGUUGAUAUCCUUCGAAAAGAAAUUGAAAGAGUUGUCGCCAGCAGGGAUGCAUUCUUAAAAGAUUUCACAGAAUCAGAUUAUCGGGCAUUAGUGGAUGGAUGGAUGAGCAAAUUGAAAAGAUGUGAUAAAGGAGACCAAAAGUGGGGUCUGUUCUUUGCCAUCAAAAACUGA